AUGUGAUAGUACAAUCACGGGCAGGAUUCGUGAUUCUGGAUCUUGGUUGAAAUUGAUGACGACCUUCAUCCAUCGUCGGAUUUCUACAGCCAUUCUUCAGCCAUCAUCGGCUUUCUACAGCCAUUCUUCAGCCAUCAUCGGCUUUCUACAGCCAUUCUUUAGCCAUCAUCGGAUUUCUACAGCCAUUCUUUAGCCAUCAUCGAGUUUCUACAGCCAUUCUUCAAACAUCAAGUUUCUUCAGAGCCUCUUUAGCCGUCAUCGGCUUUCAACAGGCUCCUGUAGAACAGUUGAUGGCCUGGCAAAAUCACUGAGGGUGAUCAAGCGUACAAAAUGCCAUUGCUUUGACCGAUUUCAUAUAAAGCUAACCUACCUGAGACAUCUUCAUGUCAGCACCGAAUCAGUUUAUUACGCCUAUCAUGGUCAAAACCAACAUCCCACCAGUUACAGUCUGUGGUGGUAUCACGAAAGACAGCAGUAAAUCCUGCACUGCUAAGCAGACGUCUCCAACCGCUGGACGGGAUGUACCACCAGCGACAGGGACAGCUGCGGGGACAGCCCCUAACCCGGUGCCUGAAAUCACUGCGCCAAGCCCGGUCAAGUCGGAGUCACCAGAGAGGCGACGGGAGCCGCCAGCCCACAAAAUCUCAACGGUUACGCAGGAGUCUAUGUGCGAGACGUACCAGUCUGGAACUGGGGCGCUAUCUCCGUCCCGCCUUGACGGAAAUGCGUUGGAGCCUUGUCUGCCUUCUCCAGACGCCUACCAACCGCAGAUUCGGAACUUACUGUGUGGAAGGUUGGAUGAUGAAUAUUCAAUGCCAAGGUCAAAGGUCAUUUAUCUAUAUACUGUUGCCUUGCCAUUUGAGUAUGACGUUGAAAGAGACAUGUUUCGAGAAAUCGUUUACAAGAACCUAUUCGUUCACUGUGCUGACCGAGGCUACCAUUUAGAGAUCCUGGAUCAUCACUGGGCCAUGACGGAGGAGAAUAUACACAGUGAGGGCGUCAAGAAAGUUUGCCUUAGUACGUUAGAAAAGUGCCAGGACAGCUCAGUGUCUUCUUUAUACUUAAUAUUCUUUAACGAGAAGAUAGGUAUGCUAAAGUGCCCACAAAGAAUCCAAGCAGAGGACUUUGACUGCAUCCUCAGCGAUCUCGCAGCCAAAGAACAACAAAACUUGCUCAACCAAUGGUACCGCCUUGACAACAAUCACCUGCCGCCAUCUUACUGCCUCCAGCCAAUCAGAAAACACAUUACAAAGUAUGGGGAUCCCGAUGGGGGCGCGCAUGAGGAGGCCAUGAAGGAGUGGGAGGAGAUUGAGGAGAAACUAGUGAGAGUUCUCUACUCGUCCAUGAUGAAGGAUCAACAGGACAGAUACUUCAAAUCAGGUUUCGAAUCCGAGUUAGAGGAGGUUAUAUUCACCAAGAGUAGUGUGCCUGUGGAUUCGGUCAUCUGGAUUAAGCGUACAAUCAAAAACAAACCUGAGAAAUUAAAUGGGAAAAACUGUCGGAAAUUCUCGGACAUAUGUGAUGCGACGCUUCAUAACUCAGCUCAGGAUAAGAUUCAGACCAUCAAAAGUGCAUUGGAGGAGCGAGUGUCACCGAAGCGUCAGAUGGCUUACACGCUUCCUUGGGCGGAUGAGGGAGUUUCUCAUGAAAACAAAUAUCACGAACAACAGUUGAUCUCACUCUCCGAAUCGUUUGAGAAGUUGGCACGGCAGCUCAUUGAUGGUUUAAUGGAAACAGACCGGGAACAGAGGAACCUGUCCCCUAUAAAACGAAUACACAGCCGCCUUCACUACGAGCUUCUACACCACACACAACUCUGCCAAAUAUACUCAGAAGACUUCUACGGACAGGAAAACUUGCUGAACAAAAUUCAGAGCUACAUCAUCAGUGGGCAUCCCGAGGGGGAAGUGGAAUUAAAGCGCCCUCUGGUGAUCAGCGGGGAACCAGGGUCAGGCAAGAGCGCUCUGGUUGCUAUGGCAAUCAAGCAAUGCCAAACCUUUCGGUUUUGGGAAAACGCUGGCUAUGUUUACCGUUUCUGUGGCUCGUCCCCGGAGUCGCGAACGCUAGAGCAAGUGAUUCACAGCUGCUGUGAGCAGAUUUGCCUCCUCUAUGGCCAGCAUCCAGCUACCUUCAUGAAGGACAUCAAACAUCUUCCAUCCACCUUCCCAAGUCUUCUCCAGUUCAUUCCCGUCAACCGGCCUCUCCUGAUCGUCCUCGAUGGGUUGGACCACCUCCAACAUUCCCACACUCUAUCCCUCAGCUGGAUCAUGCCAGAACUUCCAAAUACUGUCAGGAUGAUCUUAACUCUGAGAGAAAGUAACACUUCAAUGAUGGCAGAACUCAAGGAAGAGAUUCUUGAUGAUACGUUCUUUCUCACACUCUCCAAACUCGACCUCAGCAGCGUAAUGGACAUCCUAUGCAAUACCCUUGUCAACUGCAACAGGACUUUAACCAAGGAACAAAGGGAAGCAGUAGAGAGUGCAUUCGAGACCAGCGCCUACCCAAUCAACGCUAAGGUCACGUGCAGGAUAGUUAGCCAAUGGAAGGACUCGGAUUCAGAUUGCAUCAUACCAAAAUCUACCAAAGAACUCGUUCUAAGAUUAUUCGAACUCCUCGAGGCAAAGUAUGGAAGCAUCGUAUUGGUUGCGCUUAGAUAUGUGUCUGCCGCGAAGUGCGGUCUCACAGACACUGAACUGAACGACUUGGUAACCUGUGAUAAGAAUAUUGACCCUACUCCUCGACCUCCUGGCCUCCGAGUCAAACGCAUCUCAUCCAGUUCGUGGAGGGUGAUCUUCCCAGAGUUAGACAUCUUCUUGCAGCAGUGUACUUUGUCAAACGGUGUCUCAGUCUGGAGAUGGAAAUCCGACUUCCUCGGGCAAAUAUUCGAAGAGAAGUAUGGUACUAAAGAUACUCAUAGGACAAUGUUAGAUUAUUUUGAAGGGAGGCUUGCAGAGAGUCACGAAGACACUGGCAUUCAGGAACAGGGUAUGACAAUCAACGAAACAGAAAACUCUCGAUACAUGCUUGAAGUCUCACACCAUCUAAUCAUAUGUGGUGAAUUGGAAAAAUGCCGUAAGAAUUUCUUUGACUACAAUUGGCUACAUUUGCAGAUUGGUGCAGUUGGGAUCCACCAGGCUUUGGCUGACAUCAGUAAGCAUCUACUGCAAAACGAAUCGGAUGUUGAUCUGGUUAUUCUCUUUGACUUGCUUGUUGCAUCCACAUACGCUCUUGCCUGUGACCCGUCGCAGUUAUUCCCUCAGCUGUACAUGCGGACUUUGGGUAAAGAUCUGACCCAGACUCCUCUCACCAUGGGUCUGUGCACACUAGAACCAAGAAAACUCGGGAACUGUUUGCUUCCCAAGAAGGAACAGAUCAUGAGCAUUGAGAACGGACGACGUGAGUUUGGGGUAGUACGGGACACAAUAUUGACGGGGCUGUUCCGUUUGAAGGGCGAUCCCAAUCAUGUGAUAUCAGUCGCAACGAAACGCGGCGAGGUCAAAGUCUGGAAUAUUCAGGAUGUGAAAGUCGUGCGGACACUUAAAGGUAUAGUAAUGCCGCGAAACAUUAAGCCCAUAACUCAACAUCAGGUGGCAAUACUGUGCAACCGCGAGAUCAAGAUAUACAACUUGGACACCGGUUGCUGCGAGUCGAAGCUCAAAGGAAUCCUAAAUGUCAAGAUGCCGUACUAUGGCGUCCAUGAUGACAAUCAUGUUGUUGCUUUGUCCCGGAACCGGAUGUACGUCAACGUUAUGAAUAUCGUUUCCGGUGACAUGGCUGCCACUUUCAAAGCUGGCGAAGACCGGUUCCUCAACAGUUUGGUCGUCAGUGGUAACGGGAAGAUCUGUGUUUGUGGCGAUGAGGUCCAGAAGCCGUUCCCACUGCUGGUGUGGGAUCUGGGGAGCAGGAAACUGAUCCAUGAUCUCAGGAUAGAACAACAUGAGUUCAUCACCAGCAUGACCGCCAUGACACAUGAUGGACAUUUCAUCGCCUGCAUUUCUAAGGAACUAGAAGGAGGUUCCAACUUCAUCAUCGUAUACGAUUUGGAGACAGGGCAGCUUUUCAAGAAAUGGAAGCCAGCGCAUAAUACAACAUGUGUUGCGAUCUCAAGUGAGGCUCAUUGCGUGGUCACUGGGGCUGAGAACGGCGCACUCUAUGUGUGGGACCUCACAGGAGGGCAGUGCAAGCAUACACUGACCGGCCACUCGGGAUGCCCAGACAAGAUCUCACUCUCCGACUCGGGAGAGUUCGGCAUCUCGUAUGAUUCCACCUGCAAUGAUCGCAGCGUCAGACUCUGGGAUGUCAAAAAUGGCCUAUGCGUUGGUACCUUCAUCCCGGAUGACGCCAUGACAUGUUGCGAAAUCUCACCAGAUGGCAGCAGUGUCAUAAUUGGCCUUCCGGGAAUGGAGGACAUCAUCGUUCUUAGACCACUAACUAUGGAAGGCGAGCGGUCAGCAGGGGAGGUGCCGGUAUUUGGUGACGCAGAGAGGCAAGGCAUGGUGUUUGAUUUGGCUGACGGGCUCUGAGACCGACAUCGAAGUAGCAGAUUGGUCUACCAAUUCUCAGAUUAUUGGACCAAACCAACAGGGACCCGAAUGUGGAAAAUGAUAAGGGAUGUUGUUGGAUCACCUAGCUUAGGACACAUUACACAUUGUUAUGGCUUCCUAGGACUCUUGAGAUGAUGAUGACACCCAUUCAGUAAUAAUAUUCAUGUACAUAUAUGCAUAUAGGCCUACUGGUGUUCCGUUUUGCCAAUCAGGCACUUUGAAAACACAAUAAAUUAAAUUUGUUCUCGGGAUAAAUACUUAUUUGCUGCUAAGUCACUUUAGCAGUAAAAUAUUAAAACACUGAAAACGUUGGACUUUCAAGUGUGAAUUAUCAUGAGCUCGAAAGAUGGCUUCCCGUCAAAUGCUCAAAGGUCAAAGGGUAUUUAAAUGUGCGUAUUCGAUGGAAUCAUUAUACACGUGAUCUUGUAUGUACAUUGUACUGUGUAAUGCCAUUUGGAGUUUUCUGUGAUUGUAACAAAGUGCUUUAUUAGGAUAGUUCUGUGUAUAUUUCUUUUCAUCAGAAAUGCAUUUAAAUUUAACUGAAAGUCGGUUUUCGUAUUAAAAUGGCUUGGCGAGUUUCCGCAUCGCUUACGAUUACGAUUACGAUUACGAUUUUAAAGUCGUAAUCGUAAUACAUGUACUCUCAAAACCGGCAUGAACCAGAAAUUUUGUUUCCGCAUUCACACCAACGACUUGGCGUACUGUAGUACAUGUCCUAUACUCUGCUCUCAUGCUCUGGGUGCACUUUUCUCGGCGCUAAAACAUGAUCAAAAUCGCCGUUGAUAACAUUAAAUGCAGUUCCUAUGUUUGACAGAUAUGUUCUAAAGUAUUCUUCAAUGAAUAUUUCACCUUGAAUUUGAUAUGUAGCGUGGAAAAUAGGCUUUUCGCUAAUCCAUGUAAUCGUUUUUCGACUUACGAAGAUCAGCCGGAAUCCUCGUAAAAGCGAGACGAAAGUACCAUCGACGAUUUCGCUGCGGAUGACGUAGCACCAAAAAUCGAUGACGUCAAACACAAAUCGUAAUCGUAAUCGUAAUCGUAAUCGUAAGCGAUGCGGAAACUCGCUGAUGUUGGCUCCGGACAGACUAUCAGCGCAAAGCAGCGAGAAAACCACCAUUGCGUCUGGUUGGCUGCAGUGCCAACACAAUUUAAACCGUUAAACCACACUGUAUCCUCGUUAUUAGCUAUUCAUUGACAAGUUGGUGUUUUGUGAUGUCUUGAAGUAAAGUGACGUGGUCAACCUCUUCCUUUGUGCAAAAAAGACCCGAUAUACGCCUUUUGCCAAGUUGAGACUGUUAAAGAACUAGUUCUUGAAGGCCCGCGGUGAGGCGUUGCUGUGCACACUGUUCUUCUUAUACGAUUUUGCACAAGGCACAUACACCAUGGUGAGGCGCCACCGUUCAUUCCCUAUAUUGAAUUAUCGUGAUCAGUCGUUUGUGAUAGUUGUUCAAAGUGGUAAAGACAUGACUGUGCAUAUUAUCAAAAAUUGAUAUCGUUAUAUUGUAUCUGGCCAAGAAGUGCUCUAUAAUUGGGAUGGCUUGCGGUCGUUGGUCGGCGGCCAUAUUGGUGAUUGCCAGUGUAUCGUCUGAAAGGAAGUCGCAAAGCAGCAAAGCCCUACGGUGCACCAAUCACUUGCUAUCGGUGCAAUCUAGCCUUUAAUGGCCAACACCGUUCGUAAAAACACCUUUUCUAUCAUACUGAUUAUGGUUAGAUCAUGUCUUUAAGUUGAAAUAAAGCUAUUUUUCAUAAAGUGUAUCGUUUAAAGAA